GGACAGCGGGGACGCUGGGGACACCAGCAUGGCAUCGGGGGCAUCGGGGUGGAUGGUGUCCUGGACGCUGGAAUGGAUGGCCUUAGGGACACUGGGAUAGCAUCAGGGACAGUGGGAUGCUCUGCAGGGACAAGGACAGUGCUCCCUCCCGUUCCAGCCAUGGCAGGGACAGGCGUGGCUGUGGCUCCUGGCGCCCGUGGGGGUGCUCCGGCCGAGGCCAGGCCUGGCAGAGGGCUCUGCUGCCUGUCCCUCGCUGUCCCCUCCUGCCGGGUGACAGGGCGCGUGUGGCUGAUGUCACCCGCCCCCCUCCCUCCCAGUUUCCUCUUUCACUCGAGCCCUCCCGGCAGCUCCAGCUGUUUUGCCCCGAGAAGGAGAAGGAGAAAGGGCCCGGGUCGGGGGGCACAGGGGUGCCCGGGACCUGACAGGGUUCCCUGCGGGGCUGGGGGUGCCCAGGGUUGUCCCCGGGGUGUGUCCCUGUCGGUGGAGGAGGAUGCUGGCGGCGGUGCUGAGGAAGAGCCGCGUCCUGAGCGCUGGAGCCAAGUGUUGCGAGUGCGGGGCCUCCCUGUCCCACCAGUACUACGAGAAGGAUGGGCGCCUGUACUGCAAGAAGGAUUACUGGGCACGCUUCGGGGAGCUGUGCCACGGCUGCUCUGAGCAGAUCACCAAGGGGCUGGUCAUGGUGGCUGGGGAGCAGAAGUAUCACCCCGAGUGCUUCAGCUGCCUCAACUGCCGCGCCUUCAUCGGGGACGGGGACACGUACGCACUGGUGGAGCGCUCCAAGCUCUACUGCGGCCACUGCUACUACCAGAUGGUGGUGACCCCGGUGAUCGAGCAGAUCCUGCCGGACUCGCCGGCCUCCCGCAUCCCUCACACCGUCACCCUCGUGUCCAUCCCCGCCUGCUCCGACGGCAAGCGCGGCUUCUCCGUCUCCAUCGACCAGGGCUGCGGCACCGAGCACCCGCGCACUGUGCGCGUCCGAGAGGUAGACCCGGACUGCAUCAGCCCUGACAUGAAGAACUCCAUCCAUGUUGGUGACCGCAUCCUGGAGAUCAACGGGACCCCUAUUGGCCACGUCCCCCUGGAUGAGAUCGACCUGCUGAUCCAGGAGACAAGCCGCCUGCUGCAGCUAACCAUUGAGCACGACCCCCACGAGCCCCUGGGCCAGGAGCCAGGGCUGGCAGGCAGCCCCCUGCCCGCCCUGUGCAGCCCCCUGCGCUCACCAGCCCCCGUGCCCUGCGGGGACCCCGCUGCCAUGCGCCAGCGCGCUGUCACGAGGAGCUGCAGCACAGACAAGUCCCCGGGCUCGGGCUCCGUGGGCUCUCCCGCGUCCCAGCGCAAGGACAUCGGGCGCUCCGAGUCCCUGCGCGUCGUGUCCCGCGCCCACCGCAUCUUCCGCCCCUCGGACCUCAUCCAUGGAGAGGUGCUGGGCAAGGGCUGCUUCGGCCAGGCCAUCAAGGUGACGCAUCGGGAGACGGGCGAGGUGAUGGUCAUGAAGGAGCUGAUUCGCUUCGAUGAGGAGACCCAGAGGACAUUCCUCAAAGAGGUGAAGGUGAUGCGCUGCCUGGAGCACCCCAACGUGCUCAAGUUCAUCGGAGUGCUCUACAAGGAGAAGAGACUCAACUUCAUCACAGAGUACAUCAAAGGGGGCACCUUAAGGAGCCUCAUCAAGAGCAUGGACAGCCACUACCCCUGGAGCCAGCGGGUCAGCUUUGCCAAGGACAUCGCCGCUGGCAUGGCCUACCUCCACUCCAUGAACAUCAUCCAUCGUGACCUCAACUCUCACAACUGCCUCGUGCGAGAGAACAAGAGUGUGGUGGUCGCUGACUUCGGGCUGGCGCGGCUGAUGGUGGAUGAGAAGAACCAGCCUGAACAUCUCAAGAACCUGAAGAAACCGGACCGUAAGAAACGCUACACGGUGGUGGGGAACCCCUACUGGAUGGCCCCUGAGAUGAUCAAUGGGAGGAGCUAUGAUGAGAAAGUGGAUAUCUUCUCCUUUGGCAUCGUCCUGUGCGAGAUCAUCGGCCGGGUGAGCGCUGACCCCGAUUACCUGCCCCGCACCACCGACUUCGGCCUCAACGUCCGGGGCUUCCUGGAGCGCUACUGCCCCCCCGCCUGCCCCCCCAGCUUCUUCCCCAUCGCCGUCUGCUGCUGCGACCUGGACCCCGAGAAGCGGCCGUCCUUCGCCAAGCUGGAGCAGUGGCUGGAGACGCUGCGCAUGCACCUGGAGAUCCACCUGCCGCUGAGCUCGCAGCUGGAGCAGCUGGACCGAGCCUUCGGGGAGGCGCACCGGCGGGAGGGGGCGCUGCCCGCGGCCCCGCGGUAGAGCCCCCGCCCGCGCCCCUCUGCAGCCACGGGAGAAGGAGCUGCGCUCGCCACCAGCCGCUCCUGGGGCUGCCUCACCCCGGGGCUGGAUCCCCGGGCCCCUGGACGCGCCCCCGCCCCGCUGCCCACCCCGGGGAGCUGGUUCUCCCCGGGGCCGCAUGGCCCUGGGCACCCCCACGCCGUAGCUCUGACCGCCAGGACCAGCCCGGCUGGCCGCACCGCGGGGACCGUCCCCGUGUCCCCCACCUGGCUCACCUCCCCUUUGCACAGCGGGGCUGCCCCGCCCAACCCCCGGGCUGCCCCGGACAGAGCCGCGGCCCUGCGGCGGUGCCUUGGCUUUCCGUGAACUUGCACUUGGACCCAGGAGGGACCCCGCGGCCCCCCAGGGCACCCUCGUAGCAACGCCCUCGACCGGCCCCUGAGGCUGCUCCCGCCGGCACCCCGGGCUCGGGGGGCUGCCGGCACCCCGGCCGAGCGAGGGGACACCCCCGUGGCGUGGGGACAGGCACGUAGCGGUCCCUGCCGCCCCCGCGCCUCUGCUGCCCGUGCUGAGCCCUGACCACGCAGUCCCGGGGUCGUGGGGCUGCGGCUCAUCUCGGUCCCCCUGCCCUGGAGGGCCCGGGGGGUUGCGCCACGCGGUGCUUUUCAUGCUCUUUAUUCAGGUUCAUUUUUCUGUAAGAUAUUUAAAGAGAAGAGUUUGUAUUAUUUUUUCAUACAA